GUUUCUGGUGAAAGGAGGUGGUGUUUGGUUUUCCUAGCAAUUCCAAAAUUGCUUUAGAACGCCUCGUAAAAAUGGUAGGAUGAUACUUGUAAAAACACGGUAUAGCCGUAUAGAUGUAAAUUGUGUUGUCGGCAAAUGAAUUUAAACUGUAAAAUAAUCCUGCUGGCUCUUGUUAGCUCUUCCGAGCUACCAGGCUAAUUUAUAACAACAGUCGCGAGCUAGCAUAGUUAGAGCUAGCUUGCUAACGUUACCUUCUUUAGCUGUUUGCUAACUGGCUAGUAUAGCUAGCUGGGCAGUAAAAAUAUAUUCAAUGAAGUCCUGCAGGUGCUGGCAUUUACAUGUGACAAAUUCUCCGCAUAGUAUACACGUUUUCUGAUAUACGUGUGUAGAACUGGUUGUUAUAGCUAGCUAGCUAUCCGAAUUGUGAUUGAAUAUUUGGGGGACUACCUGGAGAAGUCAAGUCUGAACAGGAUGGAGAGCCAUCAUGGAUGUUUGUUGUGGCUGGGGAUAUGGACUCUGCAGUUGACAACGUCGCUAGUUCAAUGUGUUCCUCUUCCGUAUUCAGACAGAGUGGAGUUGGGGGAGGAGGCGCUCCAGUUGUCUCUGCUGGUGUCGGUCUGUGCCCUGGUGGUGCUGGUCGUGGUGCUCUUCAACUGCGUCAGCUGUUGCAAGGAGCGAGAAAUCAACUUCAAGGAAUUUGAGGACAACUUUGAAGAUGAGAUCGACUUCACCCCUCCGGCGGAGGACACCCCCUCCAUGCAGUCCCCAGCGGAGGUGUACACUCUGGCCGUACCCCCCGUUGCCAUGCCAGGGCCACCCCAUUUGGACCUGCCCAGGAUUGCAGAUGGAUCGUCGGGCCCGCAUGUUGCUCGCCACACCCUCAGUUACAUCCAGGAAAUCGGCAGCGGCUGGUUUGGCAAGGUUCUGCUCAGCGAGAUCUACGCUGACCCGGGCGCCUCCAGAGUGGUGGUCCAGGAGCUGAAGGCCAACGCAGGCGCCAAGGAGCAGAACGACUUCCUCCAGCAGGGAGACCCCUACAGGGUCCUCCAGCACCCCAACAUCCUCCAGUGUCUCGGUCAGUGUGUGGAGGCCAUCCCCUUCCUGCUGGUCUUUGAGUACUGUGACCUGGGCGACCUGAAGAGUUACCUGGCUCAGCAGGACUGGCGCUAUGGCAAGGCUGAGCUGCUGCAGCUGCAGAGGAUGGCCUGUGAGGUCGCCGCCGGGGUCACCCACCUCCACAAGCACAACUUCCUGCACAGUGAUUUGGCCCUUAGAAACUGCUUUUUAACUGCUGACCUGACUGUUAAAGUUGGAGAUUACGGGAUAGGACCGUACAGAUAUAAGGAGGAUUACAUCACUACGGAGGAGGACCAGCUGGUUCCUCUGCGCUGGCUGGCCCCUGAGCUGGUGGGGGACCUCCAUGGUGGUGUCAUCACCGCAGAACAAACAAAGCCUGGAAAUGUGUGGUCAUUGGGCAUUACGUUGUGGGAGCUGUUUGAGAAUGCCAACCAGCCCUACCCUCACCUGUCUGAUAGAGAAGUGCUCAACCAUGUGAUCAGGGAUCAACAGAUCAAACUCUUCAAGCCACAGCUGGACCUGCCAUACUCCGAGAGAUGGUACGAGGUGCUGCAGUUCUGCUGGCUGCCUCCAGACAAGCGGGCGACGGCGGAGGAGGUGCACCGGCUGCUGACCUACCUGCGCAUGCAGGGCCAGAAGGACGUGGAGGACGACUUCGAGCAGCGCUGGAACGCCCUGCGGCCCAACCCCUGCGCCCGCCAGACCACCGUCAGCCACUCGUCCUUCCCCAUCCUGGAGACGCUGGACGAGGGCGGCGAGCCGGACGAGAUGCUGACCGUCACCGAGACCAGCCGCGGCCUCAGCUUCGAGUACGUGUGGGAGGGCGCCAAGCACGACCACUACGACAGCCACAGCCGCGCCGCCCUGGACUCCACGCUCAACUACAACAGCGUCUUCUUCCCCGUGCCCAGCCAAGACAUCCACGCCCUCUUCCCGCCGUCGGCCGGGGAUCCCGGGGCUCAUCAUCAUCAGCAGCAGCAGCAGCCGCCGCCGCCGCAGCGCGUCAGUCCUCCCGGCCAGGGAGUGCCCGGCGUCCUGCCGGUGUUCGACGCCCGCGAGGUGGCCUCCGGGAAGGACUACUACAUCCAGCUGGAGGACCAGGAGGAGAGCACCACCGACUCGCAGGACCUGGUGGCCAAGGCCGAGCCGCCGCCGCCGCCCGCCGAGUCGCAGCACUUCCUGAUGCUGCACGACGCGCGCAUGAUGGACGAGUCCAGCACCGACGCCGACUUCUUCCACGGCAGCCUGGACUCCAAGGACUCCUUCAUGCCCGACAGCCACACGUGGUCGUCCAGCGAGCACGACAGUCCGUUCCACACCAACAUCUUCAGCGAGGGCGACGCCUCCAAGCUGGACGAGCCCCACUCGUGGAGGACGGGCUUCCUGGACCUGCCGGAGAUGGGCGGACACAGCAACGGCGGCUUCCAGCAGGGGAGCGCCGGCCCGGACCCGGCCCGGGCCCAGACGCAGGCCCGGUCUCCUCCGAGCACGGAGCAGGACAGCCCGGCUUUCUCAGGACCGGACGGACGGAGGGACGUCUUGCUGCUGGAGGAGGACGGCGGGACGGACGACGACGCGGACUUCUCGAGGCUCCUGAACACCGAGAAGCUGGCCGACAACUUCCUGUUUCUCAAGGAGAAGAGUCUGAUGAAGGAGAGCCCCGAUUCGGGCAAACUGGACCAGAACGCCAACUCCGCCGGCAGUCCGAUCACGAGCCUCUUGGAGAGCGAAGAGCUCGCGGAAAAAGCGUCCGUGACCGAGGACACGGCAAAAUCUGUAGCGAACGUUUCCCCCCUCUCAAACGCGGAGCUGCUGCACUUUUCGGACGCUGACUUUGGGGGGCUUCUGCAGCCUUUAGGGAACGAAACUCUGGUGCCUUCCAAACCCUCGCUUUCAGCAGAGGCCGGCAGCAGCAGCAACCUGUCGCCUGUCAGUAGUGCUUCUCCCGGCGACGAACCCACUGCUGCGCCGCUCUCUCCUGGCUCUGAGAUCUCUCUUGCUCUUUCCUCUACCUCCCCCAGUGCAGAGGCCCUCGCAGGUCCAGUCCCGGUCUGUCUGGCCACUGGUCCCCAGUCCCCUGUGCUCAGUCCAAGUGCCACUCCAGAAAUGACGUGCGCCGUUGCCAAAACGCCCAGCAUUGACGACCCCUUAGACCUCUUUCAGGAUCACAUGCAAGUACAACAACACAUAGGAACAGACUUUACAGAACUGAAUCACGUCUCUUCCUCAGAACUCGUUGGCUCGUUAGCCAAAGACAAAGACCCAUACAGCGCCGUUUCUCUGACCGACUCGGCCGUAGACGUGGACAAAGGCUUGGACACGGAGACGGACCACCUGCCAACGUGCACCGACGAGGAGAGCAGCUUCGCGGACGGCCUGUCUCAGGACCGGACCUCGCUACAGGUGUCCGAACCCUGUCUGGACCAGAUCAGUCAGGACAGCCUUCUGGACGACAGCCUCUCCUCCCCACUGCCAACCACGGAGAACUCCGCCGAGACGCCGGACUCGCUGGACUCUCUGGACAUCCACAGACUCGGGGGUCAGGAGGAGGCCCACGGCACCCCGGCGCCGUGCAAGCUGCAGCCCCCGUACAAGACGGCCGACAGCGGCUACGAGACGGAGAACCUGGAGUCCCCGGAGUGGAACUCUCAGCCGGUUCAGGACGGCGCCUCCAGGGAGAGCGAAGAAGCCGGCGGCUCCUCGGCGGAGGCCCCCUCCACGCCGCUGGUCCCGCCGGAGAUCGUCGUGUCCGAGGUCGAGAACGGACACGAGGAAGCGGCAGACGAGGAAGCGCAGCAGCGGGAAGGCGCCGCGGACCAGCAGGAGGAAGCGCCCCCGUCCGACGUCUACAUCACCGGCAGCUACCGAGACUCGGCCUACUUCUCCGACAACGAGCUGGAGACCGACCGGCGGUCCGAGGAGACCAACGGGGGCACGCCCGUCGAGGCCCCGGCCUGGCUCGGGGAGUCUGCCCACGCGGAGCCGCGCAGCACCGGCGACGCAGUGACCCCUCCUCAGGAGACGCCGGACCCCCAGACCGGUACGUCAGCGGUCACGUCCGAUCCGGCCUCUGGCCUCAUUGACGCCGCCGCGCUCCCGGAGUCCACAAGGAACGGUGUCCCUGAGCCUGUUCUUGGAGCAGAGGAGAACCGUGCUGAGGAGAGUCUGGUGUCUGCUGAAGCUCCUCAGCAGGAAGCCCAGAAGACGGCUACGUUCUCUGACGCGAGUUCUUCAGUCCCCGCCGCAAGCACAGAACCCUCGGCGAAGGCCUCCGCCAACGUCACGGAACCCCCUGCGAGGCCCCCGCUGGACAACAUGUCCCACGCCAAGCUGACCAGGACGUACGCCGCCGAGAUCACCCGUCGGAAGGAGCCGGACAGCGAGGGCCGGUACCUGAGCCGUCGGGAAGCCGCCGCCGCGGCCGCCUUAGCCGCCGCCGCCGCCGGGGAGGACGGCCGCGAGGACGGCAUGGACGCCGACGAGGAGGACGAGAACAGCGACGACUCGGACGACGAGCGGCACAGCGCGUACCGCCUGCACAGCAGCAGCGAGGAGAGCGAGGACGACGUGGAGCACCCGGUGCCCCAGAUCAUCUGCGACACCAGCGACGCGGGCCGCCUCAAGAGCCUGCUCAAGCCCGCCGCGCUCGCCGUGGACAAGGCCUCCGCAGCGGCAGAUGCCAGCGACAACGACGGCUCCAAAAGAGCCGUGUCCUUUUUUGAUGAUGUCACUGUCUACCUCUUUGAUCAGGAGACUCCAACUAAAGAGUUGGGAGACCACACUCUUGGCUCCAACAGUCAGGUGUCAGAAUUCAGCAGCCCUGCACAGUCCACUGGUUACCUGAACAGGUUCACUAACUCCACAGAGAGCUCCACUGAUGAAGAAGGUGGCGGCUUCGAGUGGGACGACGACUUCUCCUCGUCCGAUUCCUCCUUCCUCGCCAAGGCGGCCAGCGACGUGGCGGCCUCCAAGCCCUCGCCCUUAGGUGCCUCACGCUACUUCUCUCCGCCGCCCCAGAACCGGGGCCCGGACACCAGCUGGACCAGCUCCUCCUCCUACUCCCGCUUCUCCAUCUCCCCGGCCAGCAUCGCCAGCUUCUCGCUCACACACCUCACCGACUCCGACAUAGAGCAAGGGGGCAGCAGUGAGGAUGGAGAGAGGGACUGAGGGGACGGAGUCUCAGCACUGAGCCAUUGGAGAGGACGUUGCCCUGGCUGGUCAGGCUUUGCAAACCUCUCCCCUCAGUGCUAAGGACUGCAGCUUCAGACCAAUCCCUUUGACUUUACUGCGGACGGACGCCACCACUUGCACCCUCUCUAUCAAAAACUCUUUUGUCGUCUUCACCCAACAGUGGCGAGGAAUCUAUUUUUGACUGAAACACGAUCCUUUGCAUCUAUGAUCAUUCAGUGCAUCUCGGAUCAUUCCUCUCUGUGCAAUCCCUCAAGAAACCAUUGAACCAUUCUGCAUUCUGCCGCAAGAGACGGCAGGAGAGAAGCAAACAAACAAACAAACACAACGGUGUUGAACUUCAAGAGCUUCCCCCAGUGUCUUACCUGGUUUCUGUGUGCGCUCUUACAUACCCUGUACUCACACUGUACACACUCUUAGCUACAGAUAUCUGCUUUAAACUAAUGACGGUUGAGUAAUCUUGUUUUUUUUUUCCUCACUGAUAACUGGCAACACUGGCUGUCCUCUCAAGCUACUAGAUAAUAGAGAUUUCCUGUUCUGUGUUGACUGCCUUUUCCUUUUGAAGUAGAUGUUUUCAUUUUUCCCCCCUUAGAAAAAUACCACGCAGUCUGCGUUCACUUGAGUCUCAGCACCCCUGUGUUGAGUCGUCUUGUCCUUCCUCCUGGGUUUAGGUUGCAGUGUUACGCCAGAACAAUGAGUUUGCAGCUCACGGUCACCUCAUGAGACGAGACACUGUUGAGGCCAAGCAGCCAGGGAAAUAACACGGUUAGGACUGUAUUUAUCUCGGCGUGGUCUUGACCCAUACUGUACGUCGUGGACACUCACAAGAGACCCAUCAUUCACUCACCCACCCGUGCUGAGGAUAUGACCCUCCAGUCCGCACACUGUACCAGGCCUAAUCUCCAUGCCCCUGGCAUUGCCCGACAUCAGUGGAUCUGCAUUGUGCCUACACCGUUUUUGCCCCCCUGAUUCACACAUUCACACAUUCACAUACACACUCCACAAAACUAAACCACUAACCUAGUGGAUACUCAUGCCAUGUGCUGAAAUGCUUUAGAGGACCGGCGAUAUGUUUUCAGUAAGAGAAUGUAAUAUGAAUUGUCUUCAUAUAUUAUGCUGUGAAGCUGAGGAUACACAGUGACCUGUUUGAUGGUUUCAAACAAAACCCUACUGUAAGACUUCCUGUUCAGAAGCUUCCCCUUUUCUUUCUGUGGUGAGAUCAAAAGGGAAUGGGUUUGGGGUCAGAAGAGUCCUUCUGCCUCUCCCAUGUCAAACAUGCUAAUGACGCUGAAGGACAAAAUGUUGAGUCUUGUAUUUAUUCUGUGCUUUUCAAUCAGAAUAGAGAGGUGGAGGCCACUUCUGCUCUAGAGCUUUCUGUAUCACGCCCUAUUUUAGUACACUUUGGACAGCAGAUCUCCACUAUUUGGGGAAUCCCCCCCACUGCUCAUGCCCUUCAAUGGUAAAUCAUUUCAUUGGGCUUUGUUUGUGUGUGUAUAUAUUAAAUUAAUUAAUAAAUUUCAAGCAAGAUAAGCUGAUUUUUCCCCCCAUUAUCUUGACUGAAAGUUAUGACUUAAAUUGAGUUCUCUCAACACAGCUCGGUUGCAGCUGUCACACAGCUGUGUUAUGGAGGCUGAUGGUGUUGACUAGCGUGUGAAUGGAUCUGCUGAAGUAACGGGUGGAUGGCCUUUGUUUAAUUCACAGACAGAAGUCCCAUAUUUUAGCAAACCCACAUCCGUAUUACCAGCAGUCUCUGUGAGUUGAACUGAACAUUUUAUUUAAGGAAAUGAUCGGUUUUUUUUUGUUUUGUUUCUUUUCCCAUUGUAUAUUGCUUAAUCUUGCACAUCUGAAAAGUGUAACUUAAAUGUUAAACUGUACUCAUGUAUAUAAACGUUUAAUUUUGUCUGUACAUUGGGAAUGGUGUAAGCUCUAGUUUGAGGUUUCAAUUUGUAAUUUAAGGUGAAACAAAUGACGACAUAUCAUGGUUUCGAAUGAUGUGAAGAUAAAGACGUUUAAAUUAAGGACAAUGACCAGAAGAUACAGUCUUGCUGUGUCUGUAUGCGUAACUUGUACAUUUUAAAAAAUUGUGCUAUUUUUACUUAAUAUUGAUGAUCCUACUUAGUGUAAUUGAAUGAAUUGUUUAUAAUUACACUGUUUAAUAUGGAAAUAAAUGAAGAUGUACUUCUG